CGGCCUCCCACUGCUGGCGCCAACGCUCCACUUGGCCUGUCCUGCCAUGUCCCACGUUUACUUACUUUAGCACAGCUUACACCCGCCCCAGCACAACACCACGCACACUCCUCGCAUGCACCUGCGCCGCCCAUAACAACUCAUUCAGUCGAGAACACGGUCCAAAAAGCACAUAGCUCGAGUCGCAAUCCUCUUGCCCAGCUUGCGCCAGCUUUGUAUCCACAGUUUGGGCACCAGGUCCAGCACGCGACCUCCCCGACACAUCCGCCGGCUCCCGCCCUACGUCAACAAUCUCCAAACCAAACAACCAAGCCCAACGGCCACCACAACAACACCCGAUGAGCCUGAUAUGAAGCCGCAACCAUGUGGAGGCGGACAUACAUCUUCCUCGUGCUCGUGAGGCUCUUCUUUGCCCUCUCCCCGAGUUACCUGCACCCAGACGAGAACUUCCAGGGCCCAGAGGUCAUUGCUGGCCAAAUCUUCAGCUAUCCCGUCCGGCUCACCUGGGAGUUCACUGUCGACAAUCCGAUCCGAAGCGUACUCCCGCUAUGGCCAACCUACGGCCUGCCGAUGUUGCUGCUCCGGUGGGUGUGGAUCGGCACCGAGCACGAUGGCGAGAUCCCCCCGAUCGCUGUCUUCUGGACACUCCGCGUCCUCAUGUUUGUCCUCACUUUUGUUCUCGAGGACUGGGCGAUCCACGAGCUGGUCCAGUCGUCCCGGAAGCGCCGGGUCGCCGUCCUUCUCGUGGCCUCGUCCUACAUUACCUGGACUUUCCAGACGCACACCUUUUCCAACUCAGUCGAGACCCUCGUGGUCGCAUGGAGUUUGGUUCUGAUUGAGCGCAUUCUCGAGACAAAGCAGGCCUCGUCGCUUCUGGCGUCGAUGGUGCUUGGCGUUGUCGCAGUGUUUGGCGUCUUUAAUCGCAUUACUUUCCCGGCGUUCUUGUUGAUUCCUGGUCUUCGCUUGAUACCCCAUUUCGUUCAGAGACCUUCGUCUCUUGCUGUCAUGACAGUCUCUGCACUGGUGACUGUGUUCCUCGCCAUCAUUCUCGACACUGCUUUCUACACGCCGCAUUCGAUCACCUGGUCCGACCUCAUCAACAACCCGGUCAUCACGCCACUGAACAAUUUGCGAUACAACAUGGUACCAGCAAACCUCGCCGAGCACGGAGUGCACCCAUGGUACCAGCACAUUUUGGUCAACCUGCCGAUGCUGCUGGGCCCUGCGGUGGGCCUGCUACUGACGCGGCCGCUUCCAAGUCUCCGACUCUAUUCGGCACUAUCCGGCGUCGUGGUCCUCUCCGCUUUCCAGCACCAAGAGGCACGCUUCUUACUGCCCACAGUGCCGCUUCUUCUAUCCUCAAUACGCCUGCCGAAAAAUCAAACGCUUCUCAAGGUCUUCGUGGGCAGCUGGAUCAUCUUCAACGCGAUCUUCGGCGUCCUAAUGGGCACAUAUCACCAGGGCGGCAUUGUGCCCGCACAGGUCUUCCUGAGCAACCAGCCUGACGCGACCAACGCAGUGUGGUGGAAGACAUACAUGCCGCCAAUUUGGCUGCUGGACGGCAAGAACGAGGUCCUUACGACGGAGGACGUGCCGGGGAUGAGCGGGGAGUCGCUGCUCGAGAAGCUCGCGGGCCUGGCGACGUGCGAUACGCCCGCCGAUCGCAGGAACACAGAGUACCUCAAGGAGACGAGCGGGACGUAUCUCGUGGCUCCCUUGUCCGCGACAUGGCUGGACGCAUAUCUCGACAAUAAAGGCCUGGAGGGGCUCAGAUUCCGCGAGGUUUGGCGGCACAGGCAGCACCUGAAUCUGGACGACCUAGAUUGGGCCGAGGAUGGGUUUCUACCGACAAUCAAGAGGGUUGUUGGCAGGCGCGGGCUGGCCGUAUGGAGGGUGACAAAGAGCUGCGGUCAGCCGAAGCGGUAAUCGUCUUGCUUUUCUUGCUACUUGCAGCAUGGAGUUGGGGGAUAAAAUGGGGGUAAAAUGGGAAAGGCACUCUACUCAAAUUUCGUGACGACGUUAUGACCAACAGGUAUAUAGAGAGGAAUGGACUCUGGAGCGCUCUCUUGUUUGCAACUUGCUAGCCAGGCGACUCUUGUGGUGAGCGGUUCAAUUGAAUAGUCUGCCACCGUGACGGCCGAGACGCAUUGUCCCUGUAUUCAGCCCGUCGAUCUCAAGCCUGACGCGGAUCUCGGG